AUGAGUGUCCAGAACCCCCUGAGACUCCUGGACCUGGCGGGAAUGAGCUUGCUGAGGGAUGAGGCCUCGACCAUCACGGCUCUGAAGGAUCUGCCCACAGAGCUCUUCCCCCCAGUGUUCAUGGAGGCCUUCUAUGGGAGAUACAGCGAGACCCUGAAGGCCAUGGUGCAAGCCUGGCCCUUUGUACGCCUGCCUCUGGGGGGCCUGAUGAAGGUGCCUCAUCUGGGAACCUUACAAGCAGUGCUGGCUGGGCUUGAUAUCCUGCUUGCACAGAAAGAUCAUCCCAGGAGGUGCAAACUGCGGGUGCUGGAUUUAAGAAAUACCAGCCAGGACUUCUGGAGAAUGUGGUCUGGAUACAGGGUCCAUGGAUGUUCAAGCUCACUGAUGGCACAAGUGGCUGAGGACAGGUCAAGGACAAAACAGCCCAGGGCUCCCUUGGAGGUAUUCAUAGAACUUCAUCUCAAGGAAAGGACCUUGGAUGGAUUCCUCACCUACCUCAUCAGGUGGGUGGAGCAGAGAAAAGCUUCCAUACACCUGUGCUGUAAGAAGCUGAGGAUUCUUUCAUUUCCCAUGGAAAAUAUUAUGAAGGUCCUGAGUAUGGUACAGUUGGACUGUAUCCAGGAGGUGCAAGUGAACUGCACCUGGCAUCUGUCCACCCUGGCCAUGUUUGCUCCUCUCCUGGGCCAGAUGAAUAAAGUGCAGAGACUCCUUCUCUCCCACAUCCACGUCUCUGCACUUGAGAGGCAGGAACAGCAGCACGUUGUCCAAAUUACCUCUCAGUUCCUCAGGCUGCACCACCUCCGGGAUCUCCAUCUGGAAUCUCACUCCUUCCUUGAAGGAUGCCUGGACCAGAUGCUCAGGUGA